CUCACAGAUGCCCCCUAUGGCACUCCUAUUCACUGUUGUAUCACCGCCAAUAGCCUCGUGCGACUAUGCUUUCUGUCGCCUCCCAAUAUCUCUGCCGACUCGCCGCCUCCGGUCGCCGGCGCCGCGUCAGCUGUCUACCUCUCGGCGUGUGGAGGUCCAGUCACACCUACGGAACCCUAUCAUUUCUCCCGACGAUCACUGGGGCCAAUGGGCCGCGCUCUUCGCCGCCGGUGCUUUCGGUGUCUGGUCGGAGAAGACGAAGGUAGGGAGCAUUGUGAGUGGAGCGUUGACGAGCACGUUGGUAGGUCUCGCAGCGAGCAAUUUGGGGCUAAUUCCGCACGAAACGGCGUCGUAUUCGUUUUUCAUGGAGUUUCUGUUGCCUCAUACGAUUCCAUUGCUGUUGUUUAGAGCUGACCUUCGCCGUGUCUUCCGUUCCGCUGGGUCUCUGCUUCUUGCUUUCUUACUUGGAUCCAUUGCGACGGCUGUAGGGACAUUGGUGGCGUUUAUUUUGGUGCCGAUGAGAUCACUGGGUCCUGAUAACUGGAAAAUAGCUGCUGCUCUCAUGGGCAGCUACAUCGGCGGAUCACUUAAUUAUGUUGCGAUAUCGGAGGCUCUAUGCAUUUCGCCCUCCGUGAUGGCAGCAGGGGUGGCCGUAGACAAUGUAAUAUGCGCCUUGUACUUCAUGGUGUUGUUUGCAUUGUCCUCAAAGAUUUCCCCUGAGACCCCAACGUCUGUCACUGAUGCAAAGGUAGAUAGAGAUCAUGAAUCUUGGGACAAGAACCGAUUGCUUUCAACUUCUAUAGCAUUGUCGAUAUCCUUUCUGAUAUGUAAAGCUGCGAUUUCCAUAACAAAGUUCUUCAAGAUUCAGGGAGGUAUGCUUCCUGCAGUGACGGCCAUCGUUGUCAUUUUGGCAACUUUGCUCCCCGAACAGUUCCACUCCCUUGCUCCUUCUGCUGAAACCGUCGCUCUCAUUCUAAUGCAGUUGUUUUUCACGAUCUUGGGAGCUACGGGGAGUGUAUGGAAUGUACUAAACACGGCCCCGAGUAUCUUUCUCUUUGCGGUAGUUCAAGUAACGGUCCAUCUCGCCGUGCUAUUAGCUAUGGGGAAGUUAUGCCGUAUCGAGAAGAAGCUACUGAUUCUUGCAUCAAAUGCUAACAUCGGGGGCCCGACCACUGCCUGUGCGAUGGCUACCGCGAAAGGAUGGACUUCUCUAGUAGUCCCGGGGAUCCUGUCGGGCGUUUUCGGGGUCGCCAUCGCGACUUUUCUCGGCAUCGGAUUCGGAGUGUUGGUACUCAGACGCUUGUGAGCUUCCUCUUAUAUGCCUUGAGCUCUUGCAAGUUGUAAGCUCAGUUGAGAAGCUACACUGAUCAGUUAAAAGGGAAAGAAUUAAUAAUUACUGUUUUGCCUGUGAUAAUUAAAUUUUAUGGAUUAGUAUUGGAAAAACGAAGAAUUUAGAUACUUUGAAUUU